AUGGUUGGGUUCAUGUUUUUCGCCCAGGCCCUGUGGACAGGAGGGAGCCAGACAGGGGCAGAGAAGCAGGUGAGGAGGCCUUGCCACUGGAAGGAGGGGCGGUUGGGCAGUGCUGAAGACCCAGCCUGGCUCCAGCUGCUUCGAAAGGACUCCAGCCCCCCAGGACCCCAGCCCACAGCCCUCUGCUGCCCACAGGAUGGGAGCCUGGGGACUAGGAGCCCGGCCAUGAGGGACUGCUGCCCCUCCCAGCAAAAGGCCAGCCCUGCACCCCCCAGGCACACGCCUGCCCAAAGCCCAGGCAUGGACUCUAGACACAGCAGCUCCAGUGGGGCUGGGGAAGGGGCCUCCUGCUCUGAGGGCCCUGGCGGGAGCUUGGCCUACCCCUCCCUCAUCUGCAUCCCUCCCCAAGAGGCAGCCACCAAAGAGGCAUUAGGGGCACAUGGAGGCUCGAUCUCAGGAACACCAGAAACCUCCUUCUCUGGGAGGCCAGAGCCUGUGUCCUCAGUGAUAACUGAUCCCUCAUCCCCGGAGAACAGAAAUGCUGUGUUCCUGGAGAGGAUGGAUUCCAAGUCUUCAAAGCAGCCAGAUUCCACUUCCAUAGGAAAGGAAGAUGCUGGGUCCUUGAGAAAGGCAGAUCCCACCUUUAUAGGAAAGACAGAGCCUACAGUCUUGGGAAAGGGCGAUCCUGUGGCUUCUGGAAGGAUGGAUCCUGUGACCUCGAGAAAGGAAGAUAGUGGAUCCUCGGGAAAGGUAGAUCCUACAUGCUCUGGCAAGGUGGAUACAGUGUCCCCCGGGAAGGAGGAUCCUGGAUGUUCGGCCAAAGUGGAUCCUGCAUUCCCAAACAAGGAGGAGCCCAAGUAUUCAGGAAAAGAGCUUCCUGUGUCCUCAGAAGAAGGGGGGUCUUUGUCUCCAGGAAAGGUGGAUCCCAUGUCCUUGGGAAAGAGAGGUCCUGGGCCCUCAGGAAAGGGGGAUCCCAUGUCCUUGGAAAACAUGGAUUCUGCAUCUGCAGGAAAGACAGACCCCAGGUCCUUAGGAACACUGACUCCAGGGUCAUCAGACAAAACUGAGCCUGUAUCUUCUGGAACGGUGGCUCUGGGGUCAUCAGGAAGGGUCGAUCCUGCAUGCCUGGGGGUGACAGAGCUUGCAUCCAUGGGAAAUGCAGAAAGUGUGUCCUCUGCAAAAGAGGCCCCUCAGUUCCCAGGGAAGGUGGAUCCUGCCUCCUCAGGAGAGGGAGACCCUCUGUCUGUGAGAACGCCAAGAACUGUGUCCGCUGGACACGUAGAUCUUGUGUUUUCAGGAAAGUUGGACCCCACGUCUUUGAAAACUGUGGACCCUGUGUCUUCAGGUAGGGUGGGUCCACUUUCUUUGGGAAAAGUAGAUCCUGUGUCCUCAGGAAAAGCAGAGCCCUUGUCUCCUGGGCAAGUGGAACUGGUGUCUGUGCGAAAGACAGAAACUGAAUCCCCAGGAAAGGAGGACCCGGUGUCCAGAAAGGUGGAUCCCAUUUCUGUGAGAAAUGCAAACACAUCAUCGUCUGGAAAACUGAAUCCUGAAUCUUUAGGAAAGACAGCCUCUGUGCCCUUAGGCCCAGGGAAUCCCAAGUUCUUGGGGACAGUGGGACCCUCCUCCUCUGUAAAAGCUGAGGCAGUGACCGGGGGGGACACAGGUCCACCAUCCUCGGAGAAGGCAGGUCCCGUGGCCUCUGGAAAGGUGGGUCCCACGGCCUCAGGGAAGGCUGACCCGCACGCCUUGGGCAAAGAGGACCCUCUGAGCAGGGGGAAGGUGGAGAGUGUUCCCACUGGAGAAGUGGACUCCGUGUCUUCAGGAAAGCUGGCCCCUACGACUCUAGGAACAGUCCUGGCAUCCUCCGGAAAAGCAGAAGCUGCCCCAGAGGGUAAGGCGGAUGUAGAGCAGGGGGAUCCUGUGAACUCAAAGGCGGAUCCCAGGGCUUCAAAGAAAGCAGAACCCAAGUCUGAGGGCAAAGCAGAAACAAAGCCCCUUAGGCAGGAAGGUCCUGCUUCAUCAGACAAAGCAGAGGCUGCAUCUCUGCAGAAGAAGCCAGUGGUCUUGGAGAAGGGGGAUCCUGGAUCAUCAGGAAAAGCAGACCCUGUUGCUUCUGGGAAGGUGGAGCCUGUGGCCCUGGGGAGGGCGGACUCGGCCCCUCCGAGAAAAGCAGAGCCCCCACCCUCGGGGGUGGUACCUCCCCUGACUGCGGAGAAGGCGGAGGCCCCCUCCAUAAGGCUGUCAGAUGGUAAACCCUGCGGCUCAGCCCCUUCUCCCGCGGGGGCCGGGAGCGGCGGGGGCCGCGUGGAGCCAGCGCCAGCGUCCAGCCCCGAGGCCCCCAGCCUCGGCCAGAAAGGCCCGGCGGCUGCAGCUCCCCCGCCGGGGCCGCGGACUCGCGACAACUUCACGAAGGCGCCGUCGUGGGAGGCGAGUGCCCCGCCGCCGCGCGAGGACGCGGGCACCCAGGCGGGCGCGCAGGCCUGCGUGUCGGUGGCCGUGAGCCCCAUGUCUCCGCAGGACGGCGCGGGCGGCCCGGCCUUCAGCUUUCAGGCGGCGCCGCGCGCGCCCAGCCCGGCGCCCGGGCCGCCCUCGCGCCGGGACGCGGGCCUGCAGGUGUCGCUAGGCGCCGCCGAGACGCGCUCCGUGGCCACCGGGCCCAUGACGCCGCAGGCCGCCGCGCCACCCGCCUUCCCCGAAGUGCGGGUGCGGCCCGGCUCCGCGCUGGCGGCCGCCGUGGCGUCCCCGGAGGCGGCCGAGCCCGUGCGCGACGUGAGCUGGGACGAAAAGGGCAUGACGUGGGAGGUGUACGGCGCCGCCAUGGAGGUGGAGGUGCUGGGCAUGGCCAUCCAGAAGCAUCUGGAGCGGCAGAUCGAGGAGCACGGCCGCCAAGGGGCGCCCGCGCCGCCGCCCGCCGCCCGCCCGGGCCCGGGCCGCGUGGGCUCCGUGCGCGCCGCGCCCCCCGAGAGCGCGGCCAAGCGCCCGCCAGGCCUGUUCCGCGCGCUGCUGCAGAGCGUGCGCCGGCCGCGCUGCUGCUCGCGGGCCGGGCCCACGGCCGAGUGAGCUGGCCCCCUUUUGUACGCCGGGUUUCCAACCUUCUCAGGCUCCCUUCUCUGUCCCAGGCUCCUGGAAGGGAUCCCCUCGACGUGCGACAGGCCUCCAACGGGUGGGCAGCCUCUAGGGCUCCUCAUCCCCUUCUUCUCAGCCCCGCCACCACACAAAUGAACCCCCUCCACCCAGCUCCCUCGAGGUCAUGAGCCCACGAACCCCGCCCUGGCACCCCAUUGUCCCCUCAUGGCCCUCAGCUCCGCUCCCGGUCACACCUGUGACUUUGGAGACCUGCUCAGCACCCCCACCCCCAGCCCUGAGAGCUGAGGCAGGCUCCUGAGAGGUCCAGACUGGAGUGCUGAGACUCCAGUGGCGACCAGGUCCCCAGAACGAGAGCGUCUCUCUACAAAAGCUCCAAGUGUGCAAGGAUUAGUGUGUGAGACCCCCGAGUGUGCAAGGCUCUGAAUGUGAGGCCCUGGGCGUGUGUGAGUGCAUGUCCAUGUGGCGGGCUGGCCCCCAUGGCCCAGGCAUCUCUUGCAUGCUGGUAGUCGUCCCCAAGUCCUGUCUCCCCUCACCUGGCCCCACCCCUAAUCCUAUCUCCACCCUCACUGGACACUGGUUCACAAUUCCCAGACAGGAGAGGGCAGCUGUGGGAGUGCCCUGGGGGGCAGCCGAAAGGAGAGUCGCAGAAAGAUCAGAGGGUCUCAGACUGGUCUGAGAUCACGGUCAGAGGCUCACAGAAUUUCUUGGGCCCAGGCAGCCUGGGUGACAGCUGGUCGUGGGUGGUGGGGCAGGACAGAGAGCUCAUACACAACACAGUUGUCCCUUAAAGGCCACCCUCUCCAGCCCCUCGUCCCCCCCAUGUGCUGUGAGCUCCACAGAUCCCUUGUGACCACUCAGUACCCCAUCC